AUGGCCGUCUCGGAUCUUCAAGGCAUGCUUUCGGGCAUGGAGCCGACGCUUCACGUCGAGCCAUACGCCUACCUCAUCUUUUCCAACGAAUCACCUCCCUCUUUUCCCUUGCUGGGGCCCGGGGCAACUGCCAUCAUUCCGUUUGCUCAGAUCACAGAAGAUGAAGAAGGAACGACGUUGAUCGUGCGUCUAGCAGAAGCUGAAGCUUUGAAUCGCAGGCCUGAUUUCGUAGUGAGACGCAUCACGCUCAAGAUUCACUCGGCUCUGCAAGGUGUGGGAUUGACCGCUGCUGUAUCUGCUCGGCUCACCCAGCUCGGCAUCUCGUGCAACGUGAUUGCGGCAGGCAAACACGAUCAUCUGUUUGUGGAUGUGGAAAGAGGAGAGGAUGCUUUGGAAGCGUUGAGACGGCUUUCCCAAGAGGCGAGAGAGGGAUGA